AUGAUCCUGGGUUCAGUUUGGGUUUUAUGGCUAUUAUUUGCAAACGUGUUUGCUUGUGCCGAUGAGCUUGGUGUGAAUACUCGCAAUCCAUCUUUUUUCCGUCGUGAUGAUGGGAACUCUUCGUCUAUUAGUUUGACUUCUAGUGAUGAUUUCACUUCUGACACACAGUCCUCAACUGAAUCGAGUUUCUUACCCACUAGUUCCACGGAAUCGUCGUCGGAAACUACCACGUCCUCAGCGUUCACCUCUUCUUUCUUUUCUAAUGACACUAAUGAGACACCCACUGCAACUGAGGAGGAGACAGAGGAAACAGAAACUUCCACCAAUGUUACUCCUUCUUCAACCUCAACGGUAGAGCCCACUACCUCUGAAGCUUCUACAACUAUACCCACAACAUCUACUAAUACUGGUUCAACUGAUCCAACCACAGAUCCCACAACUAAUGACAACACAACCUCCAGUACCGAGGUCCCAACUACCAGUUCUAGUUCCAGCUCUGAGUCAAGUUCUACUUCUAGCACGAGCAGUUCCACUAUCGCUGAAUCACCAUCUCUUUCGGUUAACCAGAAUUCUUCCGACAACAACUCCGGUUUCUCUGAGAAGGACAGAAAUAUUGUGAUUGGAGUGGUAGUGGGAGUUGGGGUCCCAGUAAUAUUCGGACUGGUGGUUCUGUUAUGGUGGUGGCGUCGAAAGCAUGCUUCCACUUCGCCUCCAAACUCCAUCACGAAAAAGAACCAUAUGGAGUCAGACUACGUCGACGCGGAUGGUCACUACGUUCAGCGUCCUAGUAAUGGUUUCUUAGGCUCACUAAUGUUUUGGCGCAACAACAAGCAUGAACCCUCUGAAGCAGGUCCGGGUGAUGAUAUCUCGGCUUUUGGUAACAUGCCAAUCCCUUCUACGAACUAUAGAGGUACUUCAAAUGCUGCAGCAAACUUUUAG